AUGGGAAACUAUAUUACAAGCGAAAGUGAAAUAUCACCAAUGUCACUAGGGGACCCUAAUGAACCUUCACCAUCCCCACUUAAUCCAGUGAAGCUACGACACUCUUUAAGGAUAGCUUCUAGAGUAAGCAUUGAAUCUUCAGUACAGCUGGAAAAAGACUACUUCACCCAGUACCCAAGUCCAUCUUUGGCCAGAGAUUUAGAUAAGACAAUUAAUGCUUUUGACCUACAAAAUAUUCUACUAAGCCCAGUUGGAAUGUGCUCAGAUUCAUCUAGCUAUCUAAAAUACUCAAACUUAACUCCAGAAUCUCUAGAAGUAGGACAUAGAGUUAGACCACAAACCCAAAUCAAUGCUGCACGAUUACCUUCUAUAGGAAAUAUUACAAAGAAGACUUUAACACAAGGAAAAGGUAAAAAAGAUGACUUAAAUCAACGAAAUGAAUAUAAUUUAAUAUCACAAUCAAAAGAGUCUACCAAUAAAGGCAUAGAAGAGAAAUUUAAUAAUGAUUAUUUCAGUGAGCUACAAGUAAAUACAAGGUUAUCUCUAUCAAAGAAGCAGAAUAAUACAUCUUGCUACCCUAAAUGGAUAAAUAACAGCUCUUUUAGAAAGUUGAUCAGUAAAUUUAUCCCAAAAUUCCUAUUACCAGCUCUUAGAGCUAUAGAGAAUCUAAAAAUCAGGUUUGCAAAGUCUGCGAAUUACCAAAUCAAAAAGAUAUCUAUUGUAAAUAAGAUGAAAACAAAAAAACUCGGAAAACGAAAAGAAAAGAGUAAAUCCUGGAAACUCUAA